GAGUGCUAGGAUUACAAGCGUGAGCCACCGCACCCAGCCCCUUUGACCUCUCUGAACCUCAGUUUCCCCAUCUGUUACAUGGCAAUCCUCAGGGUGCCUAUCACCAUGGGCCUGUGUGAGGCUCAGUGCAGAGCACACAAAAAUGGCUUCCACCAGCAACUGGCAGGGAGAAAGAGCACAAUAAAUGGUAGCUAUUAUUAAUGCAGCAACCCCUGGUGAGCAGGGUCCAGGCACAAGCAGGAGUGAUGGAGGGAAUGAGAUCAGGAUGACUUCUCAACCUUGAGCUGGCGGCCUGGUGAGCUUCUCUCCCCAUUGGCGCUGACUUGCUGAGCCUGCAGGGCUGGGACUGUCUAUGGGUGGGGUGUUUAUUCUGGGAAGCAGCCUGGCUGCUCCUCACACCCUGCUCUGGGGAGAAAGGAGGCCUUGGAGUGGGAACUGAGGCCCUUGCUGGGCCUGGCACAUACGACAUAGCGCCACCUGCCCGCAGGGCCCAGGGCUGGAAAUGCCCAGGAGACACAGCCCGAGAGCCUGGCUGGGUCUGGCAGGUUUGAGACACUCUCCCUGAGGGACUCACCUGACCCCUAGAAAACUUGUCCUGGAGAGCCUGAAAUGCUCAGUUUUUGGAAGUCUGGAGACUAGGCCCUGCAUGCCAGGGCAGGGAUGAGGCUGAGGCUCCUGGGCUAGGGGCAGAGUGACAUCGGAGGUGGACAUGUCCAUGCUGGCUUUGCUGCCCUUAAAGAAGUCCCUGGGAUCCUUCAUCAUGGCUGGCUUCACAUGCGUGGGAACUAUGCAACUGCAAAAAUACCCUUAGACGGGCCCGAACGUGGUUGAAUGUUCUGUUCUGUUGUCACCAUCUUGAAAUUCUUAAUCAUUUUUGAACACAGGGCACCCUCUCGCCCCCGCAUUUUCAUUUUACAUUAUGCAGCCCGUCCUGCCUUCAUGCUUUGGUUUCGCCCAGCAUGCGGCUUCUCCCCCACAUCUGGGCACUCGGACCCUCCCUCAGCCACGCCCAGCAAGCCCGGAGAGCCUCAGCAAAGCCCCAUGUCCUGAAAGGUGGUGGGGGACCAGCACCUGCCCCCAGCCCGACCGGACCAACCUUUCCGGAAGAGCCGGAGGCCGACUGUGUGAUCCGGGGUGAGGAAACUGCAGCUCAGAGGGGUGAGUGGAGGUCCCAGGGCCCGUGGCAUUGGAUCGUCUGGCUCAUGAUGGCUGUGAUGCCUGCCAAGGCGUUUCUGGUUAUUUCUAGCAGUGACUGGCCAAGUGCUUCCACAGUCCCAUCCCUGCUCCGACUGCUGGUAUCCAAGCCCCCGCCACCACUCCAAGCACGCUCUGGGUCCCGUAUGCAGCAGAGGAUACUAGGCCUUGCCAACAUUCCACUGACCCCUGAGACUCAGCGGGACCAGGAACGGCGGAUUCGGCGGGAGAUUGCCAACAGCAACGAGCGGAGGCGUAUGCAGAGCAUCAACGCGGGCUUCCAGUCCCUCAAGACCCUCAUCCCCCACACAGAUGGAGAGAAGCUCAGCAAGGCAGCCAUUCUCCAGCAGACAGCGGAGUACAUCUUCUCCCUGGAGCAGGAGAAGACCAGGCUGCUGCAACAGAACACACAGCUCAAGCGCUUCAUCCAGGAGCUGAGCGGCUCAUCCCCCAAGCGACGGCGGGCGGAGGACAAGGACGAAGGCAUUGGCUCGCCAGACAUCUGGGAGGACGAGAAGGCGGAGGACCUGCGGCGGGAGAUGAUCGAACUGCGGCAGCAGCUGGACAAAGAGCGCUCAGUGCGGAUGAUGCUGGAGGAGCAGGUGCGGUCCCUCGAGGCCCACAUGUAUCCAGAAAAGCUCAAGGUAAUCGCACAGCAGGUGCAGUUGCAGCAGCAGCAGGAACAGGUGCGGCUGCUGCACCAAGAGAAGCUAGAGCGGGAACAGCAGCACCUGCGGACCCAGCUCCUGCCCCCUCCAGCCCCCACCCACCACCCCACGGUGAUUGUGCCAGCACCGCCUCCCCCUCCCUCCCACCACAUCAACGUCGUCACCAUGGGCCCCUCCUCGGUCAUCAACUCCGUUUCCACAUCCCGGCAAAAUCUGGACACCAUCGUGCAGGCGAUCCAGCACAUCGAGGGCACCCAGGAGAAGCAGGAGCUGGAGGAGGAGCGGCGGCGAGCCGUCAUCGUGAAGCCCGUCCGCACCUGCCCCGAGGCCCACACCUCCGACACUGCCUCAGACUCGGAGGCCUCUGACAGCGACGCCAUGGAUCAGAGUCGGGAGGAGCCGUUGGGGGACGGGGAGCUUCCCUGACCACCCCGCCAGCCCUCCUCUCCCUUCUGGGGGCUGGAGGGGGCCGGGGCAGCAACAGGAAGAGACGUGGGUGAAUGAGUGAGAAAUUUUUACAAAAUUACGAUGUCAUUUGGGUCUCUUUUAUGACCUCUUUUUCAAUACUGUAAAUCGACCUUUGAACGAAGCCACCCAACCCGAGGUCCCGGGGCUGGGGUGGCCCAGAGUGUGUGGGAGAAUCGGGACCCCAGGGCUGGGCCUCGGCCCUGGGGGCUGGGGAAGCUGACACUGAGGUGCCUGGCCUCUCUCCGCCAAAAAGCAUUUUUUCCUUUAAAUAUGUUUUUAGGAACAGGGAAAAU